AUGCAUUCCCCUGAAGCUGUGCAGCUCCAUGCCCACGGAUUUCACGAAGGCCUGCCUGUUCUCAGUACCGGACCUGUCCUCCCCACCCCGACCGUGGAGGAGAUGUGCGAGGUCUAUCCGGUCGGGCGUACGGGGAAUCUGCUUCUUCCACGCACAGAUCGGAACCGAAGGCAUCUUUCCGUCUUUGUGGGGACGCCUCCUGGAGCUCCGAUCCUGGAACCGUGUCCCAUUCCUCUCCUGGUUGAUGAAUGGCUGCACGGUCCUCUUCUUCACGCCAGGCUGGCUGCCUCGCUGGGCUUUCCCUCUGGGGUGUUCUCUGCCUCUGCUGUUCGGGGAGUCCUCCCAGGACUGCCAGGUGAGCAAAUUCUUCUGACCCCCGUUGCCUGCUCCUGGCGACAAGUGUGGCUGCCUGUGGAUCUGCGUCAAAUCGGAGGCCGUAUCUGUAUGCUUCAGUGCCCUCGUGACUCUACUUGCAGAGCCAUUGCCCAACUUGCCCUUUCCGCCCAAUCCUUGCAAACUGAGGUCGACCUUCUCCUUGCUCGAUGCCCGUGGGGCUGGUUGACUCUUGUGUCCCAGCCCCUUUUCUUGCAAGAUGUUGACACUCUGCAAUUCCAGCUCGGGCCGUCUACGGGAGCGCUGGAAGGGCCUAUAGGUGCCUCACUUGACCCUCCGCUGUCACUGUUUUCGACCAUGCAGGUCAGUUUGCCCUCCGCUCCACUCAAUCAAGAGGCUUUCCCAGGUCACUCACACAACCAGGCCAUCCUCAUCACCCCGAAUGGCCUGGUCUAUGUCGAAGCCCCGGUCUUUGCGGACGCAGCCACAUUUAGGCGCAUCGUCUCGACUCGGGCCUCAGCCAGUGCCACUGGAGGGAUCAUGCGCAUUUGGCAUCCUCUUCCUUCCCUGCCACUUGUCCAGUUUCUGGAAAUCCACUGCGUGGGCGACGAAGUGCCGUGCAUUUUGGAUUUCCGGCCUGUGGGAUGGCGUCUUACUACGGUGUGUCUUACCCCGCCAGUCACAGCUGUCGCGGCUGUUGCCGCUGCCUCGACCCGUGAACGUAAUAGCCUCCCCCUUGAAUGGGUCGAACAAUGUGCUAGAGGGGGUUUUGGUCUGCUGCACAGGGAGUUGGCAGUUCUCCCUGAUCAGGUUAUUUCAGGGAGUUUUCCCCUUGUCAUCAUGUUCUUCCCACAUGUGUUCCGUCAGGACUCCUCCUCUUCGUCAGAGGAGCAGGUUGGAGGCUGGGAUGGCCCGGAUACGUCGGACACCAUUUCGGCGCUACAGCAUACCCUGCUGCCUUCACCUGCCCGCGCUGCCACACUUCCAGCAUGCACUGGGAUUUCGCCUGAAGCUUUCCUGGCUCCCUCAGGUUUAAGCCCUCCAGAGCCGGCUGCCGAACCCAGCUCCGCCGGGUCAGCCGUGGUGUCUUCCGCUAUGUGGAUGCAGCACAUCUUGAUCGGCAUUUGGCUCAUUCAUGACCUUCCGCUCGGCCACGGGGCAUGUUCUGUGUGGAGUUUUACUCCCCUUCUCCUGUUAGUGUGGUCUAGUACCGCUGUUCAGACCCGUAGCGAGCCCUCUUCCCCUCAUGCCUUUGUGGUUGCAGCCUCCAGAGCCCCCGACCGUCAUGUUGCUGCCCCUGCGGGGGUCCACGCUCAUCUUCAGGCCUCUUGGCUACAAGUUGGGGACUUCGGUGAUGGGACGCUGUGGCAGACGCUCCCGCUCUCAGGGGUGAGCUUCUCUAUCACUUGCCGGUUGUGGGUCCCGGGCUCCUUUGUUCGCCUUGAGUUCGCCAACACAGCUAGUGCCAGAGAGUCCUCUGCGGAACUCUACCGCCGAGCUAUCCAGCUCGGCCGCCCCCAUAUCGUUGCUGCAUCUGCGGGACCUACACUCGAUGCGGUCCACUUAGUCUCCCUGCCACCCAGGAGCUCUACGCUGACCGUGCUUUUUGAUGUUGGGGUUGAUAUCGUAUGCGUUGAGCUCCCCCUUGAUUAUUCUGCCGAACAGGUCCUGGCAGCCGCGCAAGGUGCAGCAGAUUCGACCGACAUUCAAAUCCUUAAGGGUUCGGCCCAUAGGCUUAGACAGGGUGAUGUUAUUAAGGUUGUGGUUAAUUCCGCUGCCCAAACUUUUGAUGUCUCGGCCUUCACUCUGCCACACGGUGUCCCUUCUGCGUCCCGAUGGUUGCAUGAGACGCGUGUCGUCUCUCUGCUUCACUCAGGAGAAGGCGUCCUCUCCUUUGAGGUGCCUCGUGCGGCUGAGGUCGAUUCCGCCCUUCUUCAUGCCCUUCUGCGGCAGGUCCUGCCUGGGAAGCAUAUUUUCAUUGAGAUUCCCGAUACCGAGGCCCUUCCCCAUGCCACGUUUGCUGCAGUGAGUUCGGGGCAAGACUGCAUCAUUUAUCGUCUAACUGACGCCUCUGUCCCGACGGCCCCGGGGCUCUUUCUUGCAUUCUCUGGAGUAUUUGACUCCUUUUCUGCCUUCUUGGAGAGUCUCCUCAGCACUGGGCGGCCCGCCGCCGGGCUCCUCCGCAGCUUGCGCACCUUUGGUCUCUCUGUGCUCACCUGGGAAUGCACCACCAUCCCUACCCGUGACGAUUGCCACUUCUGGUAUGUCCAUGUACAAGCCGAUUUCGCGCGGGCGCGCCGCCACGCUGUGCAUUUCUUUGGGCACCCCCGCGCCAUUCGGCAACCUUCUGUGCUGCCCCCGCCUCGGGCGAGAGCUUUCACACAUGUGGGUGUUCAAACCAAUGCCCCCUUUAUCACGGCUAGCACCCAGGCCGCUGUGUUGCAAUCACCCCCGUCCUCAUGUGGGGCAGGAGUUGUGCCAGAUUCUGCGUCUGAGCUUGUUAGCCUGUGGUGUGAUUCUUGGCACAUUAAAUGUAUCGUGGCCUGCAUUCCAGGUUUCACUGUCUGGGCACUGAGGGAAGGCGGCCGCCUUGUUGGAAUGUGCACUCCUGUCCCGACCUGGGAAGCUGUUACUCGAGCACUUUCCCUCUCUCUUUGGGAACUUCCCCAGACCUUCCUCUCUGAUAACAAUCAGGUCUGGCCGUACCCUCGGGAUCUUGCGGACGUCACCAGGAAGUGCGUUAGCGUGGGAUACGAUUCGCCCGAGGGCGUUUCGCAACUGCUGCGUCACUGCACAGCACCUUCUCCCAGCCCACCGCCCUCUCCCCCUGCCUCUCAUUCCGCUGCACUUGGCUUAGCUUGUCUUAGUAAGGGUAAGCCUUGGCUGGGGUUUCUACUCUUUGCUAUGCAUGCGGGAUCUGUGCAGCUCGCGAUCACGUCAACUGCCCUCACUUCACGAGUGGGAGCCGAUGAUCCUCUGCUUCCUCGGCGAGACUUUACGCGGACCUGCACCCUCUCCUGGACUCAUGAGCUAGGGCGUCAGACUUAUGGCUUUGCGGUUGCCGCCCCCCAACUCGGCGCUUAUGUGGAAUGCACCUCACCGUGGCCUGAGGUUCAAAUCCAUCUGUGGUUGCCAGGCCAAGGUCCGGUUCACAUGCGAGUUGGUGCCCGCCACAUGGACAUGCACCUCAGCGCCUACUUGGGUGCUUUCCUGCCCGAUUGCGAAUACGGUCUUCAUGUUGCGUACGACUCCAACCCCCAGGUCCUAGACCUGGUCGUCGCGCCUCCUUCUCCUGUGGCGUGGUGGAUCCUGAGAGACUCUAUUGGGUGCGAGUUGCUUCGGCCGGUCAUCCAGCACUACACUUCGCAUUGCUCCUUUUUCUUCUGCACAGUUGAGCCCGACGGUGUUGUUCUUAGUGUUGAGCCCUCAGCCGAAGUCCGACAAAUGUCCCCGAGCCCGCAUCGGGCUAGAGCUUUGAUCUCGCGUGCCCUGCCCGGCCUCAUUGGUCAGGUGAUCGAUGGCACGCUGCUGAUUGUUGCAGCUAAAGCAGGGCCCCCGGUUCUUGGUCAUCUGGCAAUGCUCUUGUUAACUUAUCAUGCGGCUGCGAUGCAACCACCGCAGGCGCAUCAACUAGUACCGGUCGCUGAGGUUGCUCCCACACCGUCCACCAUGCGCAUCUGGACCUUAAAUGUGCCGCAGCCAGUCGACCUGCCUUGGCGUCCCCAAGGGUAUCAGACCCGCUGGCUCCGUGAGUUGAUGUUCUGGCUCCUCCAUUGGGGCGCCGCGGCGGUCGUUACCUUCGGCCACUCGCCCUUCAAUUGGGAGGUUGUCUCCGCUCACCUCCGCACUCUGUUUCAAGGCGGCCAAUUGCCGGAGCGGUGCCCGACACUUGCUUAUGCUGGCCAGUUCUAUGCCCCUGGCACGGUUUUGCCGGAUUUCCCCUCGGGUGCUAUUAUCCAGAUUUUAGUUGGGGCCCUUGAGCGGCUACCUGGGGACGACGACCCCUGGAACCCGGAGCCUUUCGUUGUUGAAAGUCCUUACUUUCGUCACAUUCCUAGUCGAGGCCCUGCGCUUGAACCGGCCAUUGUUCUGGAUGGUCAUGGCAACAGGUUGGCUGCUGGAGCUCUGCAAACCUCUCUGGUCGAUCAAGGUGUUCAAACCGACCUUUCCGGAAAUGGCACUGGCCUUGAUCAUGCCACUGUCUCCAGGGUGCAUCACCUCUCCCAGGAGCUCUCGUUCCACACUGCUCGGCUCUGGGCCGGCCUCGCCGAGCCUGAUGCCGAGCCGGCAGGCGAUAAUCCACCUGUCCUGAGACUCUCCUCCCAGAGUGCAUGCGCGGCUGAUACCUCUACGGCCGAUCUCUUGGAUCUCAGCGAUGCAGCAGGUUCUCAGGCUGUGUGCAGACUGCCGUGGGCAGCUUUGCUUCUUCUUAGCGUUCAGGUACCUCGCGCCCUUGGGGCAGUUGGGAGUCUCCUUGUCCUUGCUACCCUCAACUCGGGGUCCAUCAUUACACCACCGCAGGCCAGCUCUGAGGAAGAGCAGGUUAAUGAUACUGCCCCUCCGGCUGUGCAGGCCACUAAUAUGUCAGCGGCGGACUGGGCCCCCGCACCCGUUGUGCGACCGGCCGGCCCUCCCCCGCCAGAGCCGGUGAAUGCUCCCUUCCAACCUCACAUGAUGUUUCUUCGCGCGGCGAGGCCACUUGAGGAUUAUGCCUUGAGACAAUGGCCCUCCACGGUAGACAGGGAACCUGCGGCCGAUGAAGAUACGGUGCGGAGAGUCCAGGCAGACCUCCAAGGUCUUCGAUGCGGGAUCCGAACACUUGCAGCCGCGAUCCCACUCGGCACGCCCUUUUGCAUCCAUAACCCGUUCACCGCACGGCAGCAGUGUGAGAUGGUCGAGUAUUCAGCGGGCCCCGAAAUUAAUCCCUUCGUCCUCUUCGCGGGUCAUGCUAGAGGCCGCGGCUGGGCUGGUCUGGUGCUCCUCCAGCCUCAGCCCGAUGCCAGGGCAGUUCAUCUCAUUGGCUGUCCUCAGGCGCCCGGUAACGUAGCUGUAGGGGUCGCUAUUGAGCACCGCUUAAUUCCCUGCUGCCUCCCCGCGACAGUUGAUAUCGCUGCCCUCAGGGCCCUGCGCUUGGAUGGCACUGAAUAUGACCUUCGGCCGCCUGAGGUACAGGAAGGAACGGUGAAUGCGGGCGAGGGCGAUGCCAGCCCUGCUGACGAAUCCUCAGCCAUAGCUGCCUCACCAUCUCUCUGGGUGUCUCAGGUCUGGUGGCCGAGCCUGCUCCGUGGCCGGCGCCGCGACAUCAUCGCCCGGCUUCCCCGCCGCAUGGGCCUGAGUGGGACCGGGGAGACUCCCCACUCGCAAGUCUGGGCGCAGUUCCGCAAUGAUGACCCGGGUUGGGCUGAAGACUUCUUCCCCGUUUGGCCGGGGCCGGCAUUCAAUGAACUUUCCAUCGUCCCAAUUGGACGCGAUCCAGCUUUGGUUACAUUGAUGCUCAUCUGGCGGGGCCACCACCGGGCCACAAUUGUUCCCCGCACGAUGACCGUGGACUGGAUUACGUCCUUCACGGCCAGACAUAUCAAUAGUGCUGUUGGGGGUGUGUCUCUUCCCCACGGGCUUGCCGUCUGCGAACUUUUUGAUGUUCCACCUGCCGCGUUUAGGUUCCGCAACGGGGACGUCGUGUAUGUACAUGAUCCACCAGAUGACCCCGAUGAGCCACUUGAACUAGUUGAGCCCUGGCAUCUACAGGAUGGCCUGGCUGCACAUCACGCCCCUUGGGCGGUCGGAUUUCAGCUUAUGUUCCCGAUUUCAGUCCAUUUGCUGCGACCUGAAAAACCGCCCUUGCUCACCACUAUACCGGCUGGCGAAUCUUGGUGCCCUGAAGCGUUCUCCUUUUCAGGUGAGUUCCAGCACCAUUUUCCGGGCAUGUGGACACCUGUCCAAUGGACGAGUGCCCGUGCCCUGCAGCUUAUUGAGGUCAACGGGGUCGCUGCUCGAGUCAAUGUUGUCGCGGCCACGCCAGAGGGCCGACUAUGCCGUACUGUCGACCGCAUUGCCUCCCGGCACAGCGUUGCUGACCAGCUACACUUCUGCCCGGAUUCGAUACAAGUUGGCGGAGUGCCUGCGUAUGCCUUGGACCAGGCCUGCGAACUCAGGCUUACCGAGCUGGUGGCUCGGUGUGACCCUCACCACCUUGCAUCUGAGCCGGCAGCGGCAGACGAUCCUCCCUGGAGUGGCAUUGCCCUGGGCUGCACCUCAUCUGCCAUAGGGGGCCCACAGUCGUGGUGGCGGGGCUCUCUUUGCUGCCCCAUCCUUCCUGGUGUCUCGGCCGCCCUCCUGUUUUCCGGCCUACGCGGCAUUGCCCUUCUGGCGGCCACCGCGUGUAUCCCUGCUUCUCAAGCCAUGCUUCAACAAGCGUCCGCCUCGUCAGCCACCGUCCCGGCCGCUGCAGCUCCUCGCGUCACUGUUAUGGUUGCUAACCCUUUUGCCCCUUGGAAUCGGGUCGAAGCCGACCCGCGCAACCUCUUUGACGAUGUCGUCGCGGAUGCGCAUCACACUUUAGCAUCUUGGCAUCAGGGUUUUGCAGCUACGGGACUUGUGCUGGACAGCACCCAGGUUGUUGUUCCCUUACCCGGGCGUCGUCUGGUCUGCUUGUUGGUGCAAGGCGUGGGUCAGCUGCUGUGCGUUAUCCUGCCAGCCUUCAUGACCCCGCGGGAUCUCACGCAAGCCAUUCAAAUGCCGCAGACUGCCAGAGUCCUCUGCCCACUGCGGGGCUGGAGCGAGCUCUUGUUCAUUAACCUGGCCGGCACCUGGCGGGAAGUGGAGCAUGAAGGUGCUCGGCACUGUGGUCUCUGGUUGCCAGCUGGUCUCUUCCUUUUCGGUUUGACUCUGGUGGGCCAGUAG